AUGGGGGACCCCCACACGCCGAGCUGGCAGGCGGCCCCCCGCGAGAGGCGCCCCAGCCGCGCCCCGCCCCCCCGGGGCUGCCCAGACCAGCGGCAGCGGGAGACGGUCCGGACGCAGCGGCAGCCGGCGGGGAGGCGGACCCGGACCCGGGGCGUCUCCGCGCGGCUUCCCCGACACGGGCGCCCGCCGCCCUGCGAGCUCCCCUGUCCGGCUGCGGGCGCGGACACCACCACCAGGUCCCCGGGCCACCCUGCAACCGCCCCACGGCCUCAGGGUCCAGGUCACCGAACCCCCGUGGCCGGCGACACCUUCCGCGUCCCGCCGCGCACCCCGCAGCCGCGCAGGCGCACCGAGCCGCAGCAAGCCCCGCCCCCUCCGGGCCCCGCCCCCGCAGAGCGGCCUUCAGCCGCGCACGCGCACUGA